AUGAAGGACGCACAAACAUCACUGCUCGAGCAAGAUGCGGAGCAGACUCCGCGGCUGCCACAAGACAUUUUUCCCAGUUAUUUCAGAUACGAACUGUUCCAGCGGAAAGGAGCUUACUAUGCCCUGGCUGCGGAGAUAGCCGGAGUCGGACUGGUGAUCUUUAUGUUAUUGCUGGGGGCUAACAAAGUUGCCUGUGGUGUGCUGGGCUUCCUGCUUGCCUUUGUUGGUCUUCCCGUGACAGUUUGCCUUUUCGUUGGGAGCACCUUGUUGACGGAUAACCAUAAGCUUUUGAUGCUGAAGAUGCUGGUCGCGGAGGAUCCCGGCAUGGACUCUGAGAAAUGGAACACGAUCGCCGCGAAAUUGAACCGGGCCUUCCACGCUCUGGACCCGUCCAUAUCACCCUAUUUCUUCUACAAUGGAGGCGCUUGUUUGUCGUUUUUUAGAGCGAAUAUGCUGCGGAUAUACAGCUACACACGAUCCAUAGACGACAACGGCACGCCCGGCGUCGUGCCCCUUGCUCUACGACAACCAUCCCCAGCAUUGCCAAGAACUCCAACGAUAAUGGACAAUUUGGAGCUUGGUCCCUGGGUGACCGCCGCCGUACAAAAGUACCUGGCUCAUAUCGACGCCAGUAUUCAAGAAUUAACAGGUAACGGGAGCGCAGAAGCGCCAUUCGACGCAUCGCCUGAAUACACAGAAACUUAA